GGUGGGGGAAGCAUGUCAGUUCUCCCAGACGAGCUCUGGAGGCGAGUCUUCGAAAUCGGCGGGUUCAGCUACAAAGAUCUCUGCUGUGUAUCUAUCACCUGCAAGCGCUUCCGCCGAUUAUCCGAUGAGGACCAUCUCUGGUCGCACCUCCUCUCCUCGGAUUUCCCCCUUGUCGCUUCUCAUCCCUCUUCUUCCUCAGUCAGCUCUAAAUCUCUCUAUAAACUCAGGUUUGAGAGAGAUAGGGAUAAGAAAAUAGCGGCCCAUCAACGAGCGCUGUUGCGGAAGGAGAGCCAGAUUAUUGAACAUUUAAGAAAGCUCCGGGACAUAGAGAGCCGAUUGGCCCAAGAGACCCACAAAAUGCAAGGGACUCUUGUUGACCUCUCCAAUUUUCACCAGGUCAGGCAAGCUUCACUAGCAUUGAAUGUCUGGCAGCCAGAGAUAAUUAGGGGCCGACAAAAACAAAUAGUGGAGCAAUGUGUUGUAUCGACUGAGUCUCGGCUCCAUGCCCUUGAAAUGGAGCUUAGGCUGUGCAAACAGCAGAUUUCAGGGUUAGAAAAGGCGUAUAAAGAUGAGAAGCACAGGCUUGGUUUGGCUGAAGAAGAGUUGCAAUCGAUGAGAUAUCACCCUUUACGAGAUCAUAGGCCACUGAGUUCAGGGGACGCUCAAUGUACUAGCAAAAGCAAAAAGUUGAAAAGAUGUAUGGACAAAAAGACGCCUGUUUGGAAUCCUUCAAAGACAACAUAACUUUUGGUUUGAUGUUAAACCAAACUAUUCCAUUUACCAGAUUAGAUUGAAUACCUCCAAUCAUUGACUGGAGCGGAUUACGUUUGUAGAUAUUGUAUACGUGUCACUAUAACCUAACCAGGGUUAGUGACUUGAUAAAUUGUAACUGUAGUUAGGCUAUUUUUGUUAACCAUAGUUACUUCUCAAUUGUAUAUAUAGGAGUGAUGUUGUAAGUCGGGGGACACGGUCCCUUCACAUGAAUACUUCCCUUUGUAGUUAGCUGCUCUUUGUUCAAACUCUUGUAAACAUUUCUGCUAUAUAAAUAAAAAUUUUCCGUUUUGUGUAA